AACGCCUGCUUUCCCCUCCGCAUGGCCGAGCCGGACGAAGAGGGCCGCGGCGCUUCGGCGACCGAGCUCGGCCAGGCGGUGUCGCGGCAGCUGCCCGGGCUGCAGGAGGAGUCUCGGGCGGCGCGUCUGAGGGCGCUGGGCGCGCUGAGAGCCCUGAUGACGGAAGGGCCUCCGCCGGCGGUGCGCGAGGUCUUCGGGCCGGCGCUGCUGCGGCCGCUGACCCGCUGCCUCGCGGGCGACCCUGCCGAGCGGUGCCGCGAACUGGCGCUGGAGCUGCUCCGCCUGGGGCUGGGCCAGGGCGCCCACCCGUCGGAGGCGCUGCCCGUGCUGAUGCCGGCGCUGGCUCAGCGGCUCGGGCUGCCCCAGGGCCCCGGCGAGGCCUGCGAGGAGCUCCGCCUCGGGCUCCUCCAGCUGCUCACCGAGCUCCUCCGCCGCUGCGACCGCCGCGCCCUGGCGCCCUUCCUGCCCGAGGCGGUGGGCAUCCUCCGAGCGGCCCUGCUCGACCCUUUCCCGCCCGCCAAGCGAGAGGGCUGCCAGGCGGCCGCCGCAGCCGCCUACGCCCUGCCAGAUCAUUUUCACCUGCAGUCGGAAAGCUUGAUCAACCCCUUAAUGCAAGCCAUUUCCCAUCAACACUACAAGGUCCGUGUUGCUGUCAUUCAUGCCACAGGGUCCGUGAUCCAAUUCGGCAACGUCAAAUCGCUGGAUGAUGUGCUUUCUCACCUCGCCCAGCGAUGUUUUGAUGACAUUCCACAGGUCAGAGAGGCUGUUAUAAGCGUUGUUGGUGAAUGGCUGUUGCACCUGCGGGAUCGCUAUUCCUAUUUCCAUAAAUUAAUCCCUCUCUUACUCAGUGGCCUGACUGAUGAAAUGCAUGAGAAUAAGGAGCUGGCUUUAACUUACUGGAAGAAAGUGGGGUUGCAGUGGGAAAAAGAAAAUGAAGAUGAUAUUAAGGAUAAACUCGAUUUUUAUACUGAGCCUUCUUAUUAUCCACCAGAAUUAACUCGUCCGGACCUGGGAUGUCGAGAGCUGGUAACCAGAAACAUCUUCAAAAUACUUCCCGGCCUCUGCCACGAUAUCACCGACUGGGUCAAAGGCACCCGAGUGAAGGCAUCUCAGCUCCUGUUUAUACUGUUACAGCAUGCGGAGGAUCACAUCACGCAACACAUGGAACUCCUCCUGCGGACGUUGUACCGCGUGUGCUCUGAUGAAGAAAGUAGCGUGGUUAGCAACGUAAGUGUGCUCCUUUCAAAAACCCUGCUGGGGAAAGGAGGUCCUGCUAACCUAAAGUUGACAGAGAUUUGA